AUGGCAGAAAUUAACCCAUUGAACAAGAAGGAAGGAGAUGCUGAUGAGAUUUUGGAUAAAGAAAAAAUCGAAGAAGAGAAUGGUGCGGAUUUGAGCGAAGAAAUUGAACAAGAAAACGCUGCUGAUACUAGUAGUAGUAGUGGUGGUGGUUUGCGUACAUCACCCACACUUACAGAAUUGAACCUGGUGGUUUUGCUAUCUUUCCUUUCCUCAGCACCUGGGGAGUUCAUGGAUUUCCAAGAUGAUCAUAACAAGACUAAAUCCAACCUCAAAGAUCCUAAUCAACCUCACCAUUCUGUCCCAAGAAUUUCUCAGAGACAAAGAGUAACGAAUGAAUUCCGAGCUUCGUCUCCCCAAUCUGCAAGGUUCCAGACCAAGAUUAAGGAUUGCAGGUAUGUUACUAGUGUUUCCCAGUUAACAUUACUAGUUACUACUACACAAGAUUCUGCUACUUCUGCACUCAAGCAGCUUGUUUCUUAA